GUCAUGUGUCCCCUGAACUUCGGACAUCCGGAAGUAAAUAAGUGAUCUCAUCGCAAGCCCGGUUGCUAAGCUGCAAGUGUAGACUGGGGUCGCAAGCAGCCACACAAACAUGAAAUCAACAACAAGGACUGAAGGAGCCAGACAGAAAGCAGAUUAGUAGUUGGCAUCAACUAGCUAGCUACUGAUUUCGGUCUUAACCAUUCUCUUUUCACCAAUCAUAGCUAGAGAUAUUCUGGUGGCAAUUAGCUUAAAAUGCAGCUUCAAGAGAAGCCAACAGGGGACAUGAAGCAGAGAAGUUGACAUUUUAUGUCUAUUCUGCCACCAUCAACAAUUUGUCAUACAAAAUAUUUUCCCUUUGCCUCUUGUUCUUUCAUUGGAGAGAAGCUAAAGGUCUCAUCAUACAGUCUACACACCUGACGCAGUUAGCUCUGUGUGAAUAAUAACAACACUGCUUUGAGUGUUGGACGCCUAAGAAUCACCAUGGCUGUGGCCAACACCACCAAAACAUCAUGGAGAUUACAGGAAAUUGUAGCCCACUCCAGUAAUGUGGCGUGUCUGGCCCUGGGGAAGAACUCUGGCCGUCUGCUAGCCACUGGGGGAGAGGACUGCCGAGUCAACAUCUGGGCAGUCAGCAAACCCAACUGCAUCAUGAGUUUGACAGGCCAUAAUAACCCAGUAGAGUGUGUGAAGUUUAAUAACUCUGAGGAGCAAGUGGUGGCUGGCUCACAGUCCGGAUCACUGCGUGUAUGGGACCUGGAGGCUGCAAAGAUCCUAAGAACUCUAAUGGGACACAAGGCCAAUAUCUGUAGCUUGGACUUCCACCCGUUUGGGGAAUACCUGGCAUCUGGUUCCAUGGACACCAACAUCAAGCUGUGGGAUGUACGGAGAAAGGGCUGUGUGUUCAGGUACAAGGGUCACACUCAGGCAGUGAAGUGCCUGGCCUUCAGUCCCGAUGGGAAAUGGUUGGCCUCUGCUAGUGAUGACAGCACCAUCAAGCUGUGGGACCUGACUGCAGGGAAGAUGAUCACAGAGUUCACAGCACACACCGGAGCCAUCAACAUCAUCCAGUUCCACCCCAACGAGUAUCUGCUAGCGUCAGGCAGCUCUGACAGGACCAUCAAACUGUGGGAUCUGGAAAAGUUCAAGAUGAUUGGCUCUUCAGGGGGAGAGAUGGGACCCGUCAGGUGUCUGGCCUUUAACCUGGAUGGCUGCUGUCUGUACAGUGGAGCUGUGGACUCUCUCCGUGUGUAUGGCUGGGAGCCCGAACGCUGCUUUGAUGUGGUGCCAGUGGGCUGGGGCAAGGUGGCAGAUCUGGCUAUCUGCAACCACCAGCUGAUUGGCGUGUCGUACAAUCUGGCUAAUGUUUCGUCCUACGUGGUGGAUCUGACGCGGGUGAAGAAGUCUGGCUCUGUGAUCCAAGGCGUAAUCCAGGACGACCAGCCGCUCACAGAGCCCUCCCCGAAAGGAUCCACGUUGCGACGCAACUACGAGCGACCCCUGACCACCUGCAGCACACAGAGGGUAAAGCAGAGUUCUGAGUCAGAGCGGCGCAGUCCCGAGGGGGAGAUGAGGAGCCCCAGCAGCGAGGACGAGAAGGAAUCCUCCGCCGAGAUCCGUAACCCCGAGGACUACAAAGAGAUCUUCCAGCCAAAGAGCGCCAUCUCUCGCACCCCCCCAAAGAAUGAGCCCUUCCCUGCCCCCUUAGAAGAUGAGAGUUUUGUGGUGAGGGCUAACCAAGGGCUGGUGGAGGUCAUGACUCCUAUGACUGACAGACAGCAGUGUGUGUCGUCACUGCAGCCCGGCCUGUUGAAGAACCUUCCAGUGGCAUCGUCCACUCCGAUCCUGAGGGUGGAGCCUACCGUGGUCGCCACGGCGCCCUGUCCCAUCCCAGUGGUAACCGCACGGCCGCCGACUAACCACCCCCCCGCACCCCACCCAGCCCCCCCACCGGUCAUUGCUAUGGCGAAGGCCAAACCCCAGCCCAGCGUAAUCCUCUCCUCCAGGAAUGAACCAAUAGGACUCAACGUGGGAGAUUUCCUUCCUCCUGCUCGUAACAACCGGCCCAGUGUGCUGGGUGAUGACGAGGCUCUGGCCCAGAUCAGAAAGGGUCAUGACACCAUGUGUGUGAUGCUCACCAGCCGACACAAGAACCUGGACACCAUCAGAGCCGUGUGGGGCAGCGGGGACGUCAAGACCUCCUUGGACUCUGCGGUCUCGAUGAAGGAUCUCUCGAUCGUCGUGGACAUUCUCAACAUCGUUAACCUCAAACCGUCGCUAUGGAAACUGGACCUGUGUACCUCUAUCCUGCCCCAGAUUGAAGAGCUGCUGCAAAGCAAGUAUGAGAGUUACAUGCAGACGGGUUGCACGUCUCUGAAGCUGAUCCUGAAGCGUUUCUGGCCUCUCAUCUCAGACACGCUGACAGCGCCCCCCUCUGUUGGAGUGGAUAUAACACGGGAGGAACGCCACCAGAAGUGCAAGGCAUGCUACAAGCUGCUGAAGAACCUCAGCGACUUGGUGAAGAACAAGGCCGACCAGGUGGGUCGCCACGGCAGCACCUUCAAAGAGCUGCAGCUGCUCAUGGCUCCACUGGACUACUGACAGUCGACUAUGCAACUGGAGACACGCACAGAUUCUUCAACGGCUGACCACUGUGCUGUGAGGACUCAAGUCUGACUGACGGCUGCAUUCUGUCAUCCACUUGAGUGGUAAAUCAGGGGACAAUCCCAGAUUCACACUGCGUGUGGAUGGACUGAAGCAGUGGACUCAGAGACCGGGUGGGAUAGAAGCCCAUGUUUAGAACUCACUGUGUGGGACUGGGCACUUAUGAUUCCUUAAUCUGUAUGUGAGAGAAAUGAUGUCCUCUGUUACCUUAACUUGCCCACCACAGAUGAGCGCACAAAACACCUAUGGGCCAGAUUUCAAUCCGAUUGUGGGUUAUAGGCGUUGCGGCUUUUAAAAAAAGCAAUGUUCACACGGAGAUCGCCUUUAAAAGCCGCAAUACCUGUGUUCAGGUGCACUGUGUUCUACUUAAAUAUUCUCUCUACAUUCUGUACCUGAGAUGUCAACCCUUGAUGCACUAUUUGAAAGUAUUGUUAACGCUAAAAUAACAUGUUUUUCAAAUAAAGUCUAGUUUUAUCAAUUCCAGAAA